AAAAGGUGUCCACUUUUUUUUAAGUUUUGAUUUUAGUUUUGUCUUGGGUAGUAUUUGGCAAGAUUUAGCCUAGAAAUUAUGUAGUAUUUAUUACGUGAGAAUCAAAAUUGCUUUGUUACUGGGCUGGUUCAAAAUUUAGAACUCAUUUCUAUGUAUCAAAAUUGUUUUUUGUUUUUGUUUUUUUGAAAUUCUUAAAUGGUAAAUGUACCAUUGUGAAAUGAAAUUUCAACUCCAAAAGUUUACCCUUUUACUAACUGGAGUAAAUGGAUAAUUAUAAAGUCUUUAGUUGAAGUCAUCUAGUAAAGAAUUUGGAACUAGGCUGCAUAAGCAAGCCUUUGCAGGGCCACCAUUGAAUGUCAUGCCAGUGACACUGGUGUUGCCAUAACAGAAGGAAAACAUCUUCCCUUAUUAGAUAGAAACUUUCUGUAAUUUUGACAGUGCCAGUUCAGGAUGACUAUAAUGCUGCUCUGCCUUCUACAGCUUGCUGCACCACUCUGUAGUUACUCUAUAACUAUACAUUUCUAUCUUUUUUGGUUAAACACUCCCUGAAGGUGAUAAA